GCUCAUUCUAUAAAGCCGGCAGCAUCCCCUUCACUCACUGCACUCUCUGUGAUUUCCGCUGAAGCWSAAACAAAAAGAUCAACUAAGCUCUGCUGGGAGGAUGAACAACAAACUCUGAUGCUUCAGGUUAUUUCCUUUUUUUAAACAAAAGCUUUUUUUUUUUUCAGCCACAAUUUUAUCAAGACCGAAGAGCAAGACUAACUCCUACACUGAUCUGCAUCUUUUUCAUUUCUGAUUCAUCAAGUUGCUCCUUUUCAGGUUUUUUUUUUACUAUAUGCAAAAGAGCUGAAUGUAAAAGGACCGGAUUUCACUGGAAGGCGGAGAGAUGGAACAAGGAGAGAUUUAAAUGAGCUGUGGAUUCUGUUUGUCAUGACGAAGCAUGGAGAAGACAUCUGUUUGCGUCUCUGCACACUGAUUCUUGUUUGGUGGCUGGCUUAUCUCACAAAACAGUAGCAKUGCGUGCUUCAAAUCCUGCUUUUGAGAAUAAAAAACAAAACAACUUCAGCAGGCUCUGAAAAGGCUCCCUCUUCUCGUUAACUUUCAAUGCAGGCAUCAUGUCUUUCAGGAUUUCACUUUGAGCUUGAGAGGAAUUGGUAUUUGCUUUCAAACUUGGGAGUCAUUUUGCAUGCAGACGCCUUCUCUCAACUUAUGUUUUGCAUCCCUCAAUCUGUCAGCAAUCUCAGCCUCCCCAUAAUCAGAAUUAGACCUUCUUAUUUGUAUUUUCUUGUUGUGUUUUCUUUUCUUCUUCUUUGCCUGAGAGCAAACUGGACUUGGAGCAAGUGCAUUGCAGGUGACACUCUCUCCUCAUCCACACGUAGCUCUCCUCAGUAUUUUUGUCACCUUCCCUCACUGCAGUGCCCUCCGUUCUGACACAAUGUUCGAGGAGCUCUGGAACUCCACAGAUCAGGUUGGCCACAAUGGAUCAGAGGCAAACUUAUCUCGAAGACGUUCGUAUGACAUAGAAGAGGACGGGAACCAGCAUCCGUUUCUCACUGACGCCUGGCUGGUACCGCUCUUCUUCUCUCUCAUCAUGUUGGUCGGACUGGUGGGCAACUCUCUCGUCAUCUAUGUUAUUUCCAAACACAGACAGAUGCGAACAGCCACCAACUUCUACAUAGCAAACUUGGCCGCCACCGAUAUAAUCUUUCUGGUGUGCUGUGUCCCCUUCACUGCCACUCUCUAUCCUCUCCCUGGUUGGAUCUUCGGCAACUUUAUGUGCAAAUUUGUUGCAUUUCUGCAGCAGGUGACGGUACAAGCCACAUGUAUCACCCUGACUGCCAUGAGUGGAGACCGCUGUUACAUCACUGUYUACCCUCUCAAAUCUCUCCGUCACCGCACCCCAAAAGUAGCCAUGAUAGUCAGCAUUUGCAUUUGGAUUGGCUCCUUCAUCUUGUCCACCCCAAUUUUAAUGUACCAGCGGAUUGAGGAGGGCUACUGGUACGGUCCGAGACAAUACUGCAUGGAGAGAUUUCCCUCCAAGAUGCACGAGAGAGCGUUCAUCCUCUAUCAGUUUAUUGCCGCAUACCUGCUGCCGGUUCUCACAAUCUCUUUCUGCUAUUCGAUGAUGGUGAAGAGAGUAGGCCAACCCACUGUAGAGCCUGUUGACAACAAUUAUCAGGUCAACCUCCUGUCUGAGAGAACCAUCAGCAUCAGGAGCAAAGUCUCCAAGAUGGUGGUGGUGAUCGUCCUCCUCUUCGCCAUCUGUUGGGGUCCCAUCCAGAUCUUCGUGCUUUUCCAAUCUUUCUAUCCAAACUACCAACCCAACUACACAAUGUACAAGAUCAAGACCUGGGCCAACUGCAUGUCCUAUGCCAACUCCUCAGUCAACCCCAUUGUUUAUGGGUUUAUGGGAGCCAGCUUUCAGAAGUCUUUUAGGAAAACCUUCCCAUUCCUUUUUAAGCACAAGAUCCGGGAUAGUAGCAUGGCGUCAAGGACKGCCAACGCUGAGAUCAAGUUUAUUGCCGCAGAGGAAGGCAACAACAAUAAUGCUGUGAACUGACUCAGAGAAUUUAAAGAUAAAAAGUCACCUGUCAGCCAGAAGAUCCUUUUGURACCUGCAGAGAAUAACAGCUUCAUCUUGAAGGAAGACMCUGUGCUCUGUGUUCAUUUUCAUGUUGUAUUAAUUUCCAUAUUUAAGCGAAUGAAUAAGAACAGUUAUUUGAAACUGCAGUCGGUCAAAAGUUUAUAAAAUAYAUCCGCAACUCAAAUUUAAAUGUAUUGCUUUUGCUUGAGCUCAGAUAAUGUUAGACUCAGAAUCAGCAUUAUUGGCCAAGAUUGUGUWCACAAACAAGGAAUUUUACUUUGGUUUCAAAUGCUUACAGCAUACAAGGAUUAAACAUAGAUAUGUGAAUUUAAAUUAUUAUUAUUAUUUUUUUUUUUUUUUCCAGAAAAGCACAAAGUACAAGCAUGUGUAGUCCUGAGGCAUUCUGAGGAACAACCUUGGAUCAGAUAUCAGAUAACGUCAGUUUGCUUGACAAAAGCUGAUCUUUUCUGGGUUUUUAGUAAGUAUAUGCUCUGUGUUGAUUCUUAGCAGGGACCAGAUCUCAUCAACUGGUGGGCAGGCUCUAGCUAAAUGGUUUAGUUUUUGCCCAGGUGUUAAGGGGAUCUGAUGAAGUGAGUUGCAACAGCAAGCUACGAAAAAAAUUAUAAUAAUAACGCCCACAAGAAGUUGUGAAUACUGCAACAGUAAAAGCAUCCCAUUGGUGAAGUAUUCAGUCUUGAUUGCUUACAGCAAAAAUCAGAAAUUUGCCUCAAUGAUCAAACAAAUUGUUCYAAUUUUUGCAAAACAUAGUGUAAUACUAUGCACAUUUUGUAUUUGGGUAGGGUAUUUCUAAAUAUGACUUAGAUGAAUGAAAAUUCUGGUGUUUCUGUUUACAUGAAGCUUUUUCUGACUUAGCUUCCUUUUCUUAUAAAGGCUAAAUUACCUCACYAAGGAGCUAAUAAAUAUUAUAGCUUAGGAAAGUCACAUUAAGAAGGACAGAUUAUUAUCAGGGGCUGGUAGUUUGAGCCAGAAUAAAGGGAAUUCAAAAGGCUUUUCAUAGUCACACACAGCCAWUUACAUCAAUUUUCUCUGAAUUAUUAAYUGUUCAAAUAAUACUUUAAAAACUAUCUACAUUGUAUAAUAUAAUUUAUUGUUGGCAUGUUGUGUAGUAUUUUUUGUCAUAACAAAACAGCUUUUUGCUUUGAAACUUUGUGAUUGCUUAUCUACCAUCUGACUGUUUUCUAUGUAUGCAGCAGUUAAAAUUAUUAUAAAGUUGUUUUAUUUCUGAAAUUUACCCAAAAUUCAAUGUUUACAUUUACUGAACUGGUAUUAAAAAAAACAUUGGUUUUAUUGUUUUAAUAUUAUAAUGAACAGCACACAAAUACAACAUUUUAUGAGUCUGAAACUCUGGUAACCACUGGCAAAAAUGUGAUUGCCAGUGAUGAUCUUCAUAUGUGAUUGACCAACAUUAAAUAGCAUAAUUUUUCAGUGAAAGCAGAAGACAAAUGCAAACAAAACUUGAGUUAAUCCUUUUCAGACCUGUGAAAUUGUGACAAACUGUAAGAAGAAAGUGCAGGAGUUAAAAAUACUUCUGGAAGCCAYUACUCAUGAAUUCACACAAAUGUGUGUAUUUCCAUAAAGGUUGCUACAUGUUUAAUAUUCAUUCUUAAUACUGGAGAACUGGCAAAUGUAAUUAAARUGCUGUCUGUCCUGAAUURUACCCCCUAGGUGAAGUGGCUUUGUAUGUGUGGAGCUAAUGCAUCCUAAGCAAUCUGAAAACCCAAACAAAGCUUCAGCCAGCUGCUCAUGAGUCUUUCCUGUGGCCAGUAAUGAUGAAUGGAAGCCUACUAACAGAGGCGGUGGAGCACAAGUUUUAUUUCGCUGUAGCCACAAGUCUAACCUUCAUGCCUUUUUAUACACUUGUUUUCACAAAAGCAUUGUAGAAACCUCCAUGCACGUUGGAACAGAGAUCAUUCAAAUCAGGUGCUAAAAACACCUUGUACCUUCUUGCCAGACAGUCUGGAAUAUUGUAGACAACCUGUUUGUGCUCUAACAAAACACACAACCAAUCAGAAUGAGGGCCUGUUGAGGGAGCAGCUGUCUGGCCAUAGAAAAACAGCUUUUCAUUAUAAACCCACUGAGCUUUGCUUUUAUUCAUCCCACACAGUGACAUUCAAAAUUAAAGAACCUCUAUUAUGGCCUAUAGAAAAGUUGCUAAUACAGUUUAAUUAGAUCUGAUGCUGCUUGCUUAGUGCCAUCGGGGCUCCAGUGACACCAAGAUUUGAAAAGAAAACUAAAACACUUUGGGCUUCUGUAGUCACAGAGAUAUGACAAAUGGUACUCAAGGGUCAUUGCAAACAUUUGACAUGUUUUGCUGAACUGAAGAAAGUCUGAGAAAAUCCAGAUUAGUGUUUGCACUGAUUUUUAAACCUUGAUCAAAGAGAUUUCAAAAAGUGGUAAAUGGCAAUUAUUUUUCUAUAAAGGCAGCCACUGCAGGUAACUGUAAGUGCUAUUAUAAUUCAUAGUUGGGUCAUUUUUGACUGAAAGCUGCUCUUCAACAUGCAUCGCAGUGAACAUUUCAAUGCAAAUGAAUUAAUUUAGCAUUAAUAUUACUAACUGGGCUUGUUCCAUAUGAAGCAUUAGAGUGGCACACAACCCAAAUUGCAAAAAUAUAAAAGUGUACUUCUGGAAGAACAUGUAAAAGCAUUUAAAAAUAGAAAGAAUAAUCAUCACGUAAAAUGAUGGACUAAAAGCCAAUUAGAUUUUCUUCUCUACUUCUGUUAAAGUAAAAKCAGAGCUCUGAAGAGCAGCUCCACAGCUGUUGCAUUCAUCAUUAUUCAAUUAAGGUAAAUUAACUGGUCUACUCAACUGGGAAACUGUGCCAAAUAAUUUGAAAAUAAAAAAAAUAACUCUGUAUUGAUUACCAUCUGAAAGGAAUAAUUGUAGAUAUUAUUUGAAACAAACUAACCAGUGAUUCACUACAACCAGCAGCUGGUGAUUCUUUUCGGUUUYGCCGUUACAUGUAGGCAGCUAUUCUACAUCAUGUUCAAAGGCAUUUACACUUAAUUGCAAACUGGAAUGCGAAAAUGAACAUAGAUGUAACAGACACKUCCAUCAUGUUCAUGUGACCUCCUACUGCAAAGUYAAAAGGUAUUCAUGUUCAAAUGAGUUUUGAGGUUUCUUUUUGUUUGCAGUACUAAUGAGUGACUAUGGGACAGACAAUCAAUCAAACUUCAAGCUUUCACUUUGUCAGACUUUUACAAUCAUAAGACUUAAUAACUUAAAAACAAUAAAARAUGAGCGCUUGAUUGAACCGUUCAGAGUAGAGCCCCUCAAGAGAAGUGUUUUUUAUUUUGUUUGUUUUUUUGUCAGGGUAUUGAUCCUGUAUAAAGUGUUUCUACAGUCUGAURAUGUUUAGACAUGGGAAUAAAAAUGUGUUGAAUAGCAGCCAAACUACAGAGGGAGAACUGAAGGAUCUUCAAAUCACUGGUCUUUUAGUUGUACUGAUCAAAAUCAACAUGAAGUACAAGAAAAUGAGACUCUUGGAAGCAAAGGGGAUAUAUAUAUCAAAUAAUUUUGCGACUAUCUCAGUUCUUAAACUUUGCAACGAAGAAAAUGGCUUCAUGAAGAAAUCCAUUUUACAGAACUCAUCUAAAGCGKAUAGUCAAUAGACGUACUUGAACACUGAGGGUGCAUCUUAAUGGUUUCAGGACGAUAUAGGCUAAUAUUGCCAAUGAAUAUUUAAAAUAAAACAAAUUGUGUGAGUAUUUUCUAAUUAUUAUCUGAAUUUGAACGUUUGCCCUUUCUUCAGCAGGCUAUAGCAGAGGUGCCAUAUAGCAAUCCAAGGCAUAAAUUCAGACAGCAAAGGAUAAAUGGCUAUAUAAUAAAAUAUUUAGCAUUAAUACACUCAGGAAUUCAUUACUUCCAUCAUAUCAACUUCUUUCAUUAUUGUUAGCCGCAGUGAGUCCAAAUUCCAGACUKUUCCAGACUCAAUUCUUCCAGAAUUCCCAGAAUUGUUUUACUUUUACAAGAGGGAGGCUUUAGACAAGUAAUCUGCGAAAAGAAAAAAGCUAAAAGGAAGGAAGAAUACAGGUAUGCAAGACUAGAAGGAUGCAGCAAAGGAGGGAUGGCACAAGAAAUGAAGGACAAGGAAAAAAYUAAGCACACAAGGACACAAGCAUCCUUGGAAGGAACGUAGGGCUCAAGGAAAGGAAGGAUGGACAAGAAAGAUAGGAUCAAAUGAAGGAAAUAAGGAUAAAGGAAUAGAAGGGGAGGAAAGACGCAAGGACGUAUGCAGAAAAAGAAGCAAGAUGGUGAUGAAAGAAACACAAAAACGGGGAUAAUGACUAAAGGAAAUAAAAUUUAAAACAUAAAAGUAUUCUUCCACACUUUUAUGUGUGAUUUUUAUYAUAGUUUUGCAUGCAGACUGCAUAUGAACCCUGUUAACUGUUGUCAUCGUACAAGCCAUGUCAUUAUACAGUUAUGCUCAYUUUAAAUCCAACUAUUUUAUUUUGACAUCAGGAAUGAAUCUCCAACUCUCAGUAAGAUAAAGCAAGAGAUGGASAAAAGUGGGGCAAAGCAAGUAUUAUCAACAAGCACUCCUGAAGAGGGCGACAGAGAGUCAAAGUCAGAUGUGAAAACAUUUGGGUUGGACAGCAAUAAGACAAAAAAAAGUGGAAAUGGGAUGUCUGAGAGGAAGCUAAUAGUCUGUGGCAGUUUUUCUUGGCAUUGCAAGAUGCCCUACAAAGAGAAAAAAAAUACUUUGCACAUGUAUCAGAUUUGUAUAUGAAGACAGAAAAAUAACCAUUUCUCAAACCCCCAGUUGAAGCACAAGUGAAGCGGUUGACAGCCCGGCUACUGAUCUGGCCCUCGAAACCUCAUCAAAUGAUAUGUGGGACCUACGAGGAAGGGAUUUUAUAUGUUAUGGAACAACUGGUCUAAAUGGAAAGAUUUUUCAUCUCCAAGCUCUGUGGCCAAAUAAACUUUGGCUCGAGUAAAUUUGCGUGUGACAUGCAGGAGGUUUUUCUUUGUCAUGAAGCUACAAACUGCUAUUAAAAGAAAAAGGGGAAAUCAUAACGCGGUUURGCUUUUCCUGGAAUAAAUAUGUUAAAAAUGACUCAGCUCCGAUUGUUUUAAGGUCCUUUCUUCAAACUGCCACAUGAGGAAUGAACACAGUGGCUCAGCACACCAAGCUGUCAGCUGAGGGUUGCUGGGGAAAAUAAUUGUCAGCGGUGGAAAGAGGGGGAAAGGCAGAGACGGACCUACACAAAGAGCCCUUUUUACCAGCAAGGAGAACUGUCUCACGUCACGACACAAGCAGGAAACCACACCAACUCCGCCACCGCCACCUUGCCCUUGGGACUGACUUAAUGUGUGUGUGUGUGUGUGCGCGCGUGUGUGUGUGUGUGUGUGUGUGUGUAGGUGUGUGGGUGUGUGUGUGCGUGUGUGAGCAAAACAGAACAAAACACACUUUUGGUUUAGAAGAGGAGAGUAAAAAUAAAAGCAGGGUCUGUGGUUGUUUAUUGAGUUAUGACAUUUUGACAGAGGUGUAAAAAUCAACCGGUUGAAAAUCGCAUUAACACAUUGCAUGUGCAUUUGAAGUAUGGAAUCUUUCCCAGGGAUCAGGGUAGUUUUCCUGUGCCAUUCCAGAGCCAAAUCAGAUUACCUGGGAAGAAAAACACCCAGAAACCUGCCCUACUGGGAAAAUAGUACUUCUUGAAAGUACUCUAAACUGUAGAAGGCAUUUGUGGUUGGACAGUACUAAAUGUGUAUUAGUGGUGGAAUAUUACCACUAUCUUAUUUUUGCAGUWMCAGAGUCUAAMGUCCUCUACUUGUAUGAAACUUUCAUAUUUUCUAUCACCUUUAAAUUUAAUCAGACAGGCACGAUUAGUAUUUGCAAACACAACGUUUAACGUUGCUUGAAUGUUUUACAGCAUUUAUAUGCCAAGCUAAAUUAAAACACUAUCCAUGAUGCUAAGUAAAAUCAAGAGUUGAAGCUCCUUUGGUGACUUUAAUUYAGAAUUUUAAUAAAGCCUUCAAAAUGUACCUACAGUAAGAGAAUCACAAAUUUUAGAUGGCGYGUUGUAKAGGAGUUCUUCAUGCUUCAAAACUGAACAUACAAGUUACACUUUUCCAUUCCCAUAAGGUUUGGAGUAAGUCAAAUUCAGCUAUAAAAUGUUAUCAAUGUAACAGAUCAAUUUAUGUCAAGCUGUGUUAACAUCUUUUAUGUGUUUUUUUUUAUAUGAUGUUUGUUGAGCAUUUUGGUCAAUCUUGUUGUUUUAAAAGUGCUUAUAAAUAAAGUUGGCUUGACUAACAGA